CCCUCAUUUAACUUCAGCGGUCGCACCGACAUCGUCUCCUCCUCUUCCUCCUCCUCCUCCUUCUGUUUCUCCUCCUGCUGAGGGAGUAGCUCGGGGAAGGGAAGAGAAGAAACAAGACUUCAGCACCGGAGCUGUCCGCGGCUCCUGUGCGUGAUCUCCGCGGGACCGUGCGGAGGGGGAAGGAAUAAAAAAAAACUGCGGUGCCAUUCAUCCCUCUGCGGGGCGCACACUCUUCAUUCCGAGCCGUGCCAUGCUGCACAGCCGGGCUUGAGACAGGAAGGAUAAAGUCCCCAAUAAGUCGCGGUGAACAGCCUGUACCUUUUUUUUACGCCAUGGGCGUGCUCAUGUCAAAGAAGCAGCAGGUGGAGAAGGUGCAGAAAUGCAACGCCGUCGUCUCUGCCUUCCAGGCCGGCAUCAAGGACCGUGCCACCCCCGGGGCCGACCAGACGGAGGGAGACGAGGAGGAAGGAGACGGGCCCGUCAGAACUUCAGCCAACCCUGAUGCGAAGAACGCGGAGGAGGCAGAGAAGGAGGAAACGGACAAUGGCGCGGCUCCGUCCACCUCCCAGCAGGCCUCGGUUGCAACAAGGGACGACUGCAAGGUCAACAACGAGGCGUGGUCGAGGUUACGGGACGGGAAGGGGGUGGAGCCUGAGGAUCUUGACAAGUCCCAUCAGCUCACACCGCCGGCGUUCGUGCGGCCCAAAAGGGAAUCGGACGACGACCAGCCGGUGGAGGUGGAGCUGGAAAAGAAAGAGCAGCCGCCAAGAGACGAGAUGUGUGACGUGUGCGAGGUGUGGACGGCCGACGACCUGUACCCCUGCAGGGUCUGCACGAGGGUGUUUCACGACGGCUGCCUGAGGGAGUUGGGCUACCUGCGCGCCGAGGCGUUGCAGGAGAUGAGAGACACAGCCCACACGGUUACCGGCUGGAGCUGCUACUAUUGUGAUAAUCUGAAUCUUCUCCUGACAGAGGAAGAGAUGUACAGCCUCAUGGAGACGUUCAAGCAGUGCAAGAUCAUCCCAGAGUCGUGCCUGGUGUCAGAUGAGCUGCUGCAGUACCGCCACUUUGUGUCCAAGCAGCAGUUUGAUAAGGACCUGACGGACGAGCAGGAGGAGGAGGUCCUGGCCCAGUUCGCGUCGCUGGAUCCCGAGAAGAAGGGUCACAUUGAGUGGUCGGACUUCCUCUACUUUGAGUCUCUGGCCAUGUUGAGGAAGUUUCGCACAGAGAACUCGAUGAUGCGCCUGUUGACUGCCAAGGAGAGGGACAAAGCACGGUCUGUGUUCCUGGGUCUGGAUCUGGAUAAGGACGGCUUGAUCACAAGAGCAGAGUGUCGCCAGGCCCAGUCGUCCUGGUUCCACAAUCCCAACAAGGACUCGCAGUCGUGCAACGUGAGACUCAUGGGACUCUGCUCUCCUAUGAAUUGUGGUAUCAGUCAAGUGGGCCCCAUGUGUGAGAGCAGUCCAGGCAGCUCUGGCAGCGAGAGGAGCAAGACUGGUGAUGGCAGGCCGGUGACCUGGGCAGACUUUUUAAAGGAGAGCGCCAUCUACAUUUUGGCUGCACGCCCCAAUAGCUCUGCCAUGCACAUCCAUCUGCCUCUAUAGUCCAGGACGCUCCACGGCACCCGAGCAGAGAGCGAGAGGGAGGGGGUGAGAGAUCGAGGCUGUACCCUGCAGUCUACAGAUGAGCGGAGGAAGACGAUGACAUGAGGAAGGCAACUGGAGAGAGACAGCACAUCCAGUCGUUGACAGAACCUCUCCUCUUCAGCGUCACCUCAAUCCACAAACACUGACUACACACACCGACGACACGAGUGACAGCUGUCACGGGUUUCCAAUUCUAAAACCUGACGGCUUCCCAAAAAAAAACAACACACACGAGAGAGAGAGAGAGAGAGACACUCACGACUAGUCCGUCAGUUAGUCAGCGAUAUUUCUGAAGCUCCACACACAAUCAGACGAGCUCUCAGGCUGCUCACACUCUUCUUUUAAAACGAUAAUUACUGCAGCACUCCACGGCCAUCACGCUGAUAACAAAGCUCUCCAUGCAGGUACAUUAAUUUGACAGGCUGUUCCUCUCUCAAGUAUCCAAUCCUGUGGGCCUCAUCAGGGCCUAAUAAUAACUCCAUGCUACUGUGAUGGGAUCGAGUUAUUCACCAUCACAACUGUUAAUCACGCAACACAGAGGCACAUGCAAAUUCAUUACUGGCACUGUUUGACAAAUGGAUUCACUUCUGGGAGUAGAUUUAACCUGCGGCUGCGAUUAUCAGCACGUGUACCAACCAGGAAUGAUAGCUACCCGCAUACAUAUAUCAGAACUGCUAUAAAUUAUUAUUAUCCAUUAAAAUGACAUAUUUAUUCCUGUAUCCUCUGGUGUAUCCUCUGUUUUCCCCCCAUUUUCAUCCAAGAGUCUGUGUUCUCCUGACAUGUGAAAAAGAAUGGGAACAAGACGAGUAAACAACAUGUGUAUAUAUAUAUACUGUCAUACUUAUAGUACUUUCUGUCCUGUUGCUCUCUCCGAGCUGAACUUUGGCAAAGUGGGAACAUCCGCUAUCCUGUUCUAUGGUGUCGUUAUUUGCACAGUUGGGAAUGAGAUGCAGUCGGACUAGUGUUUGACACGAUCACGUAUUGAAAGGCGGAAAGAAAACGGGGAGAUCCGGUGCAAACGUUUGUCUUUUGUUAAUAUGCAGACGCAGUAUUUAAACUUCGUAUUUAAGGCGUGGUGGGAAAUCUAUAAUGUUGCAAGAUAUACGACCAUUUAAAUGCACAUGAAAAUGCCCCUAGAAUCACUAGAAAUAUAUUGAAUAGAGCUCAUGUUGUGUUUAUGCCUUUAAAGGAGGUUUGAUGCCAGGUCCUUUUACAGUGAAUACAAAACGGUGGUGACAUGAGUGUUGAUGGUCUGAGGGAUUUGUCACAGUGCUGAAAUAAAUGCAUGGCAUUUACUCUCCUUC